UAAGUGUCAUUUUGGAAAACUUCAGUUUUAUCUACAUGUUUGAGAAAACAGCAGGUUCGUCUGCUUAUUUCUGUCAGAACAGCGGUAGGGGUUUUCUACUGCCCCACAGCAGUGCCGGACUUGAGUUGUGAAACGAGUGCACACAGUGUGUAUGAGAGAACAGCAGGAGAGAGAGGGCGACUCGAGCUCUUCCAUGAUCUCACAGCAUAUAUACAGCUUAAAUUAGUUCAUGGUUUAUAGUUUACCACGUAAUUACCCGGAGCAUGGGCUGUGUCGCCUCCAGAACACCAGUAGGUAAAUGUUGACGACAACAACGACAUGUUACCAAAAUCCAGACGAGCUCUCACCAUUCAAGAGAUUGCAGCGCUGGCUAGAUCUUCACUUCACGGAAUCUCCCAGGUGGUCAAAGAUCAUGUGACAAAGCCCACGGCGAUGGCGCAGGGCCGUGUGGCCCACCUGAUCGAGUGGAAGGGCUGGUGUAAACCCACCGACACGCCCAUUGCCCUGGAGUCUCACCUCACGUCUUACUCGCAUCUGUCUGAGGGCGAGCAGGAGGCUCGCUUCGCUGCAGGGGUGGCAGAGCAGUUUGCGAUCGCGGAGGCAAAACUUCGUGCCUGGUCUUCAGUGGACGGUGACGAAUCUAAUGAAGAUUCUUACGAUGAAGAUUUUUUACCUCCAAAUGAGCCGGUCACACAGAGCACAGAUCUGUCCUCGUACCCUCACUACCUGCGGGACCUCUUACACGCUCAAGUGUGUCAAGCUCACUUGCAGGGUCGAGGUCUGUGUGAGGCCGAAAGUGGCGUUGGAGCUGACCUUUCACCUCUCGUGGGGUCGCCGUCGGAGACGCUCUGUUCCAGCAUGUGCAGCUUGGACGAAAGACACCCGUUGCUACGGGACCUCGGUCGCCACGCGGAUGCUCCCGCGGCCGACCUCGCCACCAAGAUUCUCAGAGCGCUUCAGGGAGGGGAGGAGCUACACUUGGCCCGCCUCCAGCAGGCGGGGCACCGACGAGGCCACUCCCCCUGUUGCUUGGCGACAUACUCAGAGACUUUCGAAGACGAGGACACGCCUUGUAAGGACUGCGGAGGCGGGGUCUGUCUCCCGCCGGAAUAUUCCGCGCGUCGAAAGGUGUCGGACGUGGCCUCGUCUGGCGUAGUCUCGCUGGAUGAAGAAGAUGUAGAGGAAGAGGAGGAGAGAGAAGAACAGUGACCAACUGUCAAUCAUCUCUGCAUGUUUAUUUUGGACUCCUCCCCCUCAUUUGCAUUUUGGUCUCUCCUCAUACCGUUUUGGGCGCCAGCUGCUCUAGUGGUUUCCACCGUUAAUACUGAAAAUACUGCACCUGAACGUAAGACAGCAUCUUAAAGGACGAGCAACGCGUUUUGCAAAGGAGGAACUGAAGACUGACUUAAAUAUCUCUGCAUGUCGUGCAAGUGCCGAACUGAACACACAGUCGUAAAUGUUUGGAUCUGGACGUCCAGUUGUUUAGCACGGUUUGUGGAUUUGGCCGUUGUGUAACCCUGCUCCUUAUAUGAUGUCAGGCCACAUUGCAUUCUGGGUCUUGAUGACAUGAUGCCUGUUCCCCGGUCCCCGGUCGCAUCUAUUGGGCAUGGCUUGCUGAGUACGUCAAACUCAAACUAUCCGAUCUGUCACUCGUUUAUGAGGCGAUGCUGGAAUGCCGAAUGUUUAUACAGUGACAGAAAGAUGCAUUUCAGAACAUAAAAUGUGUAUAAAUAAUGACGAUCAAGUUCUGCUUUUGUUGAAAUCGAUUUGCAGAUGUUACCAGUCCAGAAUGGCCUUUUUACCGCCUCUGUUGCUGCGGUGAAUGUGCACAUGCUGCUCUAAACCACUAAGGGGCGCUAUAACCGUGCUUUAUCAAUAGGCGUGAUCUGAACGCGUCAAAACCCAAUUUUUCAAUUAUAAUAUGCAAUAUGCCUAUGAUAAAAUCACAAGCUAUAACUUCAGUGUUACAGUCAAGGCCUGUUCACACCAAACUCGUGAGACAAACUGGCGAUGAAAGGUCUAUUCAGACCGAGACCGUAACAAAUAAAAUUAAAAACUAUUUUAACCCUGUAGAGUGGGCGGCACUGUUGCUAUUUUACAAACAUAUUUUGUUUUCCUGCUCGGACGUUAUUGAGAUAUCGAUGCAUAAGAUCGUUAUUUAUUUUAUGCCGUUAAGGCAUUCAUUCAAGCUUUGGCGUAACUGUUUCGUUAACUUCUCUCCGUGUUUUUAAUGCAU